AUGGCGACUUCCGCGCGUUUGGUUUCGUCUCUGCGACGCAGUGCGCUGUCUGCUCGCCCUGCGUCGCGAGCUCAAUGCUUGAGAUUGGCACCGCAAGUCAGAAGAAUAACUUCAGCGACAUCGGAACCGCACCAACCAGACUCAAAAGGAGGUCUGGACGGCCCGGCACCUGCGAAAACGAUAAAGUUCACUUCAGAGUCAUAUCCAGAAAUCAAGAGAGACCCAAAGUUUGCUAAGCUAACAGAAGAGCAUGUAAAUUACUUCAAGGGGGUUGUAGGCUCAGAAUCUGCCAUUAUCGAUGGCGUUACCAAAGAUGCCAGCGAAGACAUCGAAUCCUUCAACAGUGACUGGAUGCGCAAGUUCCGAGGCCACACCCAACUUGUCUUGAAGCCGAGCAACAAGGAGGAACUCAGCAAGAUCUUGAAGUACUGCAAUGAUAAUAUGCUUGCCGUCGUGCCACAGGGAGGCAACUCUGGCCUUGUUGGCGGUUCCGUGCCCGUCUUCGAUGAGAUUGUCAUCAACCUCCAAAAGAUGAACAAGAUCCGUUCUUUCGAUCCGGUCUCCGGCAUCCUGGUCGCCGAUGCUGGUGUCAUCCUCGAGAACGCUGACAACUACCUGGCUGAACGCAACCACAUCUUCCCUCUCGAUCUUGGCGCAAAGGGCUCGUGUCAGAUCGGCGGCAAUGUUGCGACGAAUGCAGGUGGACUGCGUCUUCUGCGUUACGGCAGUCUACACGGCAACGUUCUUGGCAUUGAGGCUGUCCUUCCCGAUGGUACCAUUGUCAACGAUCUCUGCACCCUCCGCAAGAACAACACUGGAUACGACCUGAAGCAGCUCUUCAUUGGUGCCGAGGGUACCAUUGGCAUCAUCACCGCGGUUUCAAUCCAAUGCGCGGCACGGUCGCAGGCGGUCAACGUAGCCUACUUCGGUCUCGAAAGCUUUGAAAAGGUCCAGGAAGCGUACCGCACAGCCAAGGGCCAGCUGGCUGAGAUCCUGUCUGCAUUCGAGCUCAUGGACGGUCGCACCCAGAAGCUUGUCCACAAGGUCACCGGCAAGAAGAUGCCCCUUGAGGGCGAAUACCCGUUCUACUGCCUGGUUGAGACAAGUGGUUCAAACACUGACCAUGACGCAGAGAAACUGCAAGGAUUCCUCGAGCACGUCAUGGAGACCGAGAUUGUGCUUGACGGCACCCUGGCCGACAACCAGACUCAGAUCCAGGAACUCUGGUCGUGGCGAGAGGGUAUCACAGAGGUCCUCGGCCACGAGGGUGGUGUGUACAAGUAUGAUUUGUCGAUCCCCAUCUCAGAGCUGUACGACAUCGUCAACGACACCAGGGAUCGCCUGACUGAAGCUGGCCUUGUCGGCGAUGGCCCUGACUACCCCGUCGUCGAUGUCGUUGGCUACGGCCAUAUGGGUGAUGCGAACCUACAUCUGAACAUCCCCACACGGAGAUUUGACAAGGCCGUGGAGAAGAAGCUGGAGCCAUUCGUGUACGAGUGGGUACAGAAGAGGAACGGCAGCAUCAGUGCGGAGCAUGGCCUCGGUGUGACAAAGAAGCCAUACGUCAGCUACAGCAAGAAUGAGACCAUGAUAAGGCUGAUGAAGCAGAUUAAGGAUCUCUACGAUCCUAAGGGUAUCAUGAACCCGUACAAGUACAUAUAG